CCCUCGAGCUAAAAGCAUCGGCGAAGUCUUACUCUGUCAGUGACGUGUACCGUCGUCCGGAAAAAGAGGAGAUUCGCGGUUGGACGAGAGACGCGCCGUGUGAAACGUGAGAAGCACGGCCCUCCCGGCUCUCCGGGGGACCGAUCGUGACCAAAUUCGUGCGCGACGAAACACGCGCCGCGGAACGCGCGUCAUCAUCUCCGUUUGUCGUCGUCGCGGCGCCUUCUCGGUCGAAAAUCUUCUGAAUAAAAAUCCGCGAAUUUGAAACCGAACGAUCGAAGAAAUCUCUCGACAAGAACCGUAACUCCUGUGCCAUUCGCUUGUUUUUCUCCCGCGCGAUUUAAUAUUCUCGCGACGAUGUCUGUGUGACGUACGUGUGAGAGGUGUUUCGCGAGUACUCCUGCUCAUUUCGUUGCUCCUUUACGUCAGUUCGGAGUUCGGGAAAAAGCCCGUAGACUGGCAGGGAGGGAGCUAAAAGUGUGACGCAUCGUCGCAAAGAUGUCUCGUGACACGUGGCACCGGUGGUCGGUGCUGCUGCUAUUUCUGCUGGUCACGCGAUUUCUCUCCGUUCACGGCCAAUGCGGAUCGUACGCCCAAGAUCGACAAGAAAAGCAGGAUAAGCAGGACAAGCUGGCGCUCUACAAAGUCACCCUGAGGACCUAUUGGUCGAGGGCGCGAUUCCCGCGACAUUAUCCAGAGUGGAAGCCACCGGCGCAGUUCGGCAAACUGAUCGGUCGGACGCACGACUCGACUUACACUCUGUACAGAUUGGGCGAACGGCUGUCCACGGGGGCCAGACUUUACGUGGAGACCGGCAGAGCCGACGGACUGGACGCGGACGGAGAUUCGCCCAAUAGUCUGCAUUCUUUCACCGGCCCGCCGAUCCCUCAGGGCGAGGGCACGAGCAUCACUCGGGCCUUCCUCGACGGCAAUCACACUCUGAUUAGCAUUAUGGCGCGCAUCAAUCCCAGCCCCGAUUGGUUUGUAGGGGUGGAUUCCUUCCAACUGUGCGUCGAAGGCAAUUGGGUCGAUACCGUCACCGUGGAGCUCGACCCACUGGAUGGCGGUACGGAUAACGGCUUUACAUUCACGGCUGCCAACUGGCCGACGCAGCCCCAAGGAAUCGCUUACAGGAUCACAUCCCGAUAUCCGGCGCAUCCCGCGGGAAGCUUCUAUUAUCCGAAUCUACCUCGUCUACCACCGAUAGCUACCCUCACAUUUACCAAGCUACGUGAAUACACCCUGACCGAGUCAUACCACGAAGACGAUGUCGAGGUGGAAUUCGUCAGCAACGACAAUCUGCAAGCGAACAGCGAGGCUCCCAGGGGAAUCGAUCCGAACAGGGACCUAAACGAGGCCAUAGCCGAGGAACGGAGGGAAAUGGACACCCAGAGAUACAGAUACUGGAGCACAACCGGAAGCGGCCCGCAAGUGGUGACGGACGUUCCGCGCGACAACAAAGCGGCGAUAAUCAGCAGCAUCGCCUCGUCGUACGCGCUCCAGAGGCCGCGAUACGCCGCCGCAACUCCGGUGCCGCGUGCGUCUAAGAUCGUCGACGGUAAAACGCGAUACAGCGAAACGGGCAAGUCCGACUGGCCGUACUAUCAGACGUACAGGCAAACGGCGGACGCGCAGAAGGCGCAGAUCUACGAGGACAUACAGAGGAAGAUGGCGAACGCGACGAGCGUGUCGAGCAGCGGCGCCGAUGCCUUCUCAUACGCGGGCAACGCGACCAAUUUGGCGGAUCAACGUCAGCACAGAUUCAGAAUGAAACAUCGCGGCUUGACCAAGGGCAAACGAGUUAGAAUACGUGCACCGAGAGAUUGCAAGGUCAGCGAAUGGGGCCCGUGGAGCGCGUGCAGUCGCAGCUGCGGCGUGGGCGAGACCCAGAGGACGCGGAAGGUGACGAUAAAACCGCGCCGGGGCGGCAUGCCGUGUCCGCCUCUAAAGGAGACCAAAUGGUGCGGCAGCGUGAAUCCGUGUUCGGAGAGCACGCCGGGCACCGUCAUCAACUGGUAUCACUGGUAGUCAUCGUCCGUGCACAGGUCAUCCCUCCACGAACACGUGUACCAAAGUAACCCGCUCGUAGGAUGUAGGAUUGUCGCGUAAGUUCUCGCGAACGAGACGAGCGAGGAGAGCGAGUCGCGCGAGAGAAAACCGAGACGCUCUGAGAGAGACGCGAGCGAUCAGUUUCUUUCACUCCCACUUGAUAAAAGUAUGUGCAGUGCUUAUGUACAAGAAAACAACUAUUAAUAAUUCUCUGUGUGCGCAAUGUAUUUUCAAUAAUAAAUUGAACUACCGAACGCGCAUCUCGUAAUGCAAUAAUUCGAGAAUUAUAGUUAAUAUUUCCGACUCUGUUGCGUAAUAUCGCGCGGACAAACGGGGCGCGCGGCUUUAUUUCACUCCCCGUUUGCAUUUAUCGUCGUUUGAUAUCACGUUUAUUGAGCGCGCGAUGCAUUUAUGGUUCAAAUCCCUCCCUCGGAAACAUCGAAAAUACAAAGAUCACCAAAGAGAAAUUCGAACAGCUGGCGCGUAUCGUAUCAUGUUUCCGCGUGCGUAUAUCGCGUAUAAAAUGCGUUUGAGGCUCGAUUUUCACUUGUCGAUGCGAAUUUUUAUUUUUUCGCGUAAUUGAACAAUAGAUGUUUGUCGAAUUUGCUACGGCGGAGCUCUGCGCCAUAAAAAAAACGUGAAACAAAAAAAUACAUAUGUAUUAUGGAGUGUUUGUGCAUCUCGCGGAUUGAAUACAAAAUCGCAUUCGUGUGCGCUUCGUGUUUCGAUGUGGUUCGCGGCGCGGCGGGCAAAUAACAUCGCGAUUCUUCGACGGAUGAUAAACUUAUCCGGCCGUACUAUCGAUUCACAGAGAUCAACGGUGUCAAAUAUGGCGGAUUUCCUGAAAUUUACGUAUCAUAUUCGACGAGUCGGCGUCCGUUGAAAUUAACUUGCAACUUUUGUUCGCGUCGAAAACUGUUGGAGUUUUCGGAACCGAGUCGUCGGGACGAGGUGUAAUAACGUACGACGUUCGCGCAUGCACGCGAUCGUCGAAAGAACGAACAAAUUCUGGCAUAAUUGUGAAAAUGACUUCUACUUUCCGGAAGAAAAACAUUAGUCGCGAUUAAGCCGACGGUUUAACGACGUCGGUACAAGUGACCGAAUCGCAAAGUGAUCGGCGGGCUACACGCGCAUGCGAGAACUUCACGGUGCAAAAUUUAACCAUCGCGUGCAUCACAUCUCUAACUGGAAAUCUCACCUCGAGAUUAAACCGGAGCACUCGAGAACACGAUAAAUAUAUACGUUACUUAGAGUGAAGUUUUUAUCGGUUUGCUAUUUUCUUCCGUGCAACAGCGGCGGCUAAGAAGAAGGAGAAGAGAUUCGCGCCAAGUUUUUUCGGAAGUACAUAUAUAAAACGAAAAUUGCUAAAACGGAGUUCAUGAUAAAGUUAAUAUCCGCAAAUGAAAAAAAUUCUCGAUCUCCGCGCGUACCUCUGUUUUAAUAUUUCUAAAGUACGACUAUCCCGGCAAAAAA